AUGCAAAGCAAAGCAACGCAACUGCCAAUUGCCAACUGCCAGCCACUGCUGCCCGAGAUCUUGCAGUUGAAUCGAGUCGACCUAGAUCCCGCUUCAUCACCGGGAUACAUCGUGAGCACAGUGUCGGGCACAGCAGCAGCUGGGCCUCAGAUCGACGCUUCCUCCCCCCAUUUGUCCUCUGCCUUUGCCCUGUGCCGCCGCCGACUCGCUGGCACCCUGGUUCUGAUGACAGCCGUGCCGCCGGGUAUCAAAAGGCCCGAACAGGCCCAGUAUUAUCCAGGCAGUUGGCCCUGCAGUGAGUCGUCGGUCGACCAACAGAGGUCGGGGCUUUCAAUCGGGAAACCUCCCCGGAAUCCCAGCAGCGCGCUUGCCCUGCUCAUGCUGCGCCCCCCGUUCAUCCUCCUGGGUGAGGUUAUGCCCCGUGCCGACAUACAUAUCCAUCCUUACGGAGGAUCACCAGACACGAUACUACGAGAGACACAUGGCAUGGCUCUCAUGGUGCAGUGCAGAUCGCAGAGCGGUUCCCCCAGUGCCGCCCAACUCCCGAGCGCCGUCGGAAAUCCGGUGCGGACUCUCCCCUUCCUGCCGCGUCGUAUGCAUGCGAAAUUCCCACUGGAUGUCCAUUCCCAAUUCGGCGAAUCCAGACCGAGCCUAUCUGUCCAUCUCGUCCAUGGCACGCACGCCUGA